GUGGGACGCCGCUGUCCGCUUCGGUGCCGCCUCGCCCCUCCUGGCUGCUGAAGGAACGGCAGGAGCGGGAGUUUGUCUUAUCCAUAGCCGCCGAUGGAGGCAGCGGGUGGCUGCGGUGAGCUCUGUGCGAGAGCACGGCCCGCUCCCCAGGCACAGCCGCAGGAGGUGGAGCCCCGCGCCGCACGCAGACGCCUGGCACAGGCCCAGCACCGCGCAGUGCUGGCGGGACUCUUCAGCAGCCUGCAAGAGACCGUGCUAUCCCAGUCAGACAGCCCGGCCUCCAAGUAUCAGGUUUUGCGUAAGGCUAAGAAAUAUAUCCAGGAGCUGGAGCAAACCUUGAGUUCUUUGCUGAAGAUGAAAGAGUCCUUCAGCCUGGAGGAUGGGAACCCGUCCAGCCUGGAGGAAGUCAGGGAAGAAUAUGUCAAGAGGCACUUCAGCAAUCACAGCACUGCGUCACCCGCGGAAGCUGUGAGUGAGAGUGAUUCUGCCGUCUGGUAUUUGAUGCAAGAUGUAAAACCAACAAUGGAAGAGGACGGAAAGCCAGGAUUUAUCCAGUACCCAGACACUUCAUCCCCAGAUCUGGUGGAAUUUGAACGGUACCUGUAUUUUUAUAAGCACACAGUAGACCUACUGAGAGAGCAUGGAAUUGUUUCCGCUGAGGAGGUACCUCUCCCCGUGGUCUCCACUGCUAUUUCACACCUCUGGCAAGAGCUUUCUGAAGAAAGGAGAGACAGCAUCUUGCAGUACUGUAGCCAGAGAGAUUUCCACCUGGGUCCUACGGAUGCUUGCCAGGAGACUGCGUGUGCUGAUGGCGAUGUGAGAGACAGUGGAGGUAACAGUGAGGAAGCCAGUGGUUCCUUGGUCUCCACACCAGAAGAAGUAAUGCUUGAAGACGCGUUUGAUGUUGCUGCUGGUUUCCUUGAAACAAAUGAGACACAGGGAUUGUCUAGCCAGAGCUCUUCAUUUACGAGCGGCAUUUCUGAAAAUCCAGAGGAUGACCACAGACUCUAUCUGCAGAUCACUGACUUCCUAAAAAGCCUUUUCUUUGCUAAUACACACUUCUGCCAGGAAGAAGAUCUUCAGUUCGAUUAUGAGACUGUAAUGCUGAGGUGCACGGAGACCUUUGACGACGAAGAUUUAUAAGUAGUAUCCCUGUUUGCCAAUGUUUUGCCAAGCAUCACUGGAUACAGCAGGCAUGUGAAGAGAUUGUGCCUCUUCCAGAGGAACAUCUCUCCAAUCAGAAUGGGGAGACACUGUGUUGUGGUUUGUUAUUGUUGACUUCCCUUUCCUCAUCAGUGCUUCAUAACUUACCAGUUGAGUAAUUUUUACUUUUAAACGUUCCAGGUUUAAAAUAUUUAUAAAACCUAAAGGAAGAAAUAUUUUUCUCUCUGACUUUUUAAUGCUUAACCUCAUUUCACAAAUACACUGAAGCAAUUCAGUGACCUUGCCUAAUGUGAACUGUGGAAGAGAUGCAGAGAGGACAUGGCAACCUACACACUCCAGACUGCUACCUACAAAACUCACAGCGUGCCUCCCAGCAUCCUGGCAGUGAU